CCAACGUUCUUCAUUUUCUCACAAAAAUCCAUCUAUUCUCUCCUAUAAAUCGAUGAUUUUAAUGACACCUAACUAAAGUGGAAGCAGCCCAUCAGCUUUAGAGCUUUCUGAAACUCUCUUUCAGAUCCCAGACGAAACGCGGCGUUUCAUUCAUCACUUCACAACUCUUACCUCAAUUUCACAAUCUAUCUAGUUUGUCUCUCUAUCUCACCACCGGUAAGACACAGAAGAAACCGCAAAUUACCCGCCAUUAAUAGACCAAAAUGAUAAAUUAAAGAAAAAGAAGAAUAUGCAUCCUCCUUUGACGUUGCAUAGACACCCCAUGUGUGCUGAAAUUAUUGAGGAGUUUCAGAAAUGUCAUAUAGACCAUCCUAUUGGGAAAUUCUUUGGCGAAUGUACAGAACUCAAAAUAAAGCUUGACCGAUGUUUUCCACAAGAAAAAGCGGUGAAGCGCAAGGUGAACUUCGAGGAGAGUAAGAAAUUGAGAGAAAGGCUUCAAGCAUUGAGGAAGGAAAAUGCUGAAGCAGAAGCUUAAUAUUGAUUGUUACUGCAUAUCAGGUCACAGUUUAUAAUUAUUGGUUUAGUAACCUGAUAAAUGACCAGUGGUUGAUUGCAUUAAGUUUACCAGAACUUUCAUCUCAGAAUGGUCAAUGCUUAGUUUCAAGUAGGGCUUUUAGUUUUUUAGUUUUCAGAAUCUCCUGAAUAGCUUUACAUAUCCGAAUUCAAAACCAUUGUUUUCAUAGAAAUCUUUGUCACAUUAAGAACCCAAAUUCAAAACUAAAACCUCUGUCAAUCCCUACAAUCUUUGAGAAACAAGAAACCUGUCUGAGUUAAAAAUGGGUCAUUA